CUCUCCGGUGCCCCGGCCCGUCACUGCUGUUACUCCCGCCCCUCAGGCCGCACCGGGCGUGGCGGUCGUGGGGCACGUGUGGAGAGCGGCCCCGCGUGACCGGCGCCGCGCGCUGUCUCCAUAGCGACGGGGCCGUAAAGCGCGGCCGCGCGGGUGUCGCAGCUCCUCCGUCCGUGCGGCGCGGCCCAGCGGCCCGGGGACUCGCGGCCAUGGAGAUGCCGCUGCCGCCCGAGGACCAGGAGCUGCGGAAUGUCAUCGACAAGUUGGCGCAGUUUGUGGCGCGGAACGGGCCCGAGUUUGAGAAGAUGACGAUGGAGAAGCAGAAGGAGAACCCCAAAUUCUCCUUCCUUUUUGGGGGCGACUUCUACGGCUACUACAAGUACAAGCUGGCCCUGGAGCAGCAGCAGCUGUUGUGCAAGCAAAGCCAAGACAUCGAGGCUUCUGCGCAGAUCCAGCCCCUGCCACAGCCAUCGCUCCCACCUGCUGCGCCCAUCCCAGCCCCUCAGGGCACCCCAUCUGUGGAGGAACUCAUCCAGCAGAGUCAGUGGAACCUGCAGCAGCAGGAGCAGCAUCUCCUCGCUAUGAGACAGGAGCAAGUCACAUCAGCAGUAGCACUUGCAAUCGAGCAACAAAUGCAAAAGGUUUUGGAGGAAACCCAGUUAGAUAUGAAUGAAUUUGACAACUUGUUGCAGCCAAUAAUUGACACUUGCACGAAAGAUGCGAUCUCAGCUGGCAAGAACUGGAUGUUUAGUAAUGCCAAGUCUCCUGCACACUGUGAGUUGAUGGCUGGACAUCUGCGGAACCGGAUCACAGCAGAAGGAGCUCACUUUGAGCUGCGGCUGCACCUCAUCUACUUAAUCAAUGAUGUUUUGCAUCACUGCCAGAGGAAGCAAGCACGAGAUCUUCUGGCUGCUUUACAGAAGGUGGUUGUGCCUAUUUAUUGUACCAGUUUUCUAGCAGUGGAAGAAGAUAAGCAACAGAAAAUUGCCAGACUUCUUCAGCUAUGGGAGAAAAACGGGUACUUUGAUGAGUCCAUUAUUCAGCAAUUACAAAGCCCAGCUCUUGGACUUGGCCAGUACCAGGCAAAUUUGAUCACUGAAUAUGCAACGGUUGUGCAGCCUGUGCAAGUGGCUUUCCAACAGCAGAUCCAGAACCUGAAAACUCAACAUGAGGAGUUUGUGAGCAGUUUAACACAGCAGCAGCAGCAGCAACAGAUCCAAAUACCCCCACUAGAGAACGAGGUGAAAUCAACACCCCCGCCUCAAGCCCCCACAGCAGCCCCAGCCUCAGCUCCACCAUCUGUUCCGGUCACACAAGCAGAUGAUGGUAAAUCUCAGCUGCCUCUAGCUGGUUCUACAGAGUAUGAUACAACUGGGUCUGGAGUGCAGGAUCCUGCCUCAGGUGGACCACGUGGGCCUGGAUCUCAUGACCAGAUUCCCCCAAAUAAACCACCCUGGUUUGACCAACCUCACCCUGUUGCACCAUGGGGUCAGCAACAGGGACCACCUCAUUGUCCUCCCUGGAAUAACAACCAUGAAGGAAUGUGGAACGAACAGAGAGAUCAAGGCUGGAACAGUCAGCGAGAGACACCUUGGAACAACCAGCCUGAUCCUUCUUGGAACAACCAGUUUGAAGCACCAUGGAACAACCAGCAUGAGCAGCCUCCAUGGGGUGGGGGUCAGAGGGAACCUCCAUUUCGAAUGCAGCGGCCACCUCACUUCAGAGGCCCAUUUCCUCCACAUCAGCAACAUCCCCAAUUCAACCAGCCCCCACAUCCGCAUAAUUUCAACCGCUUUCCACCUCGCUUCAUGCAGGAUGAUUUUCCACCUCGCCAUCCCUUUGAAAGGCCUCCUUAUCCUCAUCGUUUUGAUUACCCCCAGGGGGAUUUUCCUCAAGAAAUUGGACCUCCUCAUCAUCAUCCUGGUCACAGAUUGCCUCAUCCUGGAAUCAGCGAGCAUCCUCCCUGGGGAGGGCCACAGCACCCUGAUUUUGGGCCUCCCCCCCAUGGGUUUAACGGGCAGCCCCCUCACAUGCGGCGCCAAGGGCCCCCUCACAUGAACCAUGAUGAUCCCAGUCUGGUGCCAAAUGUUCCCUACUUUGAUCUUCCUGCCGGACUGAUGGCUCCACUUGUCAAACUUGAAGAUCAUGAGUAUAAACCUUUAGAUCCUAAAGAUAUACGUCUUCCACCUCCAAUGCCCCCCAGUGAGAGACUCCUGGCUGCGGUUGAGGCAUUUUAUAGUCCACCAUCUCAUGACAGGCCUAGAAACAGUGAAGGAUGGGAGCAGAAUGGACUGUAUGAAUUCUUCAGAGCUAAAAUGAGAGCAAGACGGAGGAAAGGUCAAGAGAAGAGAAAUAGUGGGCCUUCUCGGUCUCGCAGUCGGUCUAAAAGCCGAGGUCGUUCAUCUUCCCGGUCUCAUUCACGAUCUUCAAAAUCAUCUGGCUCCUACUCGAGAUCACGCUCUCGCUCUUGCUCUCGAUCACGAUCCUAUUCUCGCUCACAGUCCAGAAGCCGGAGCAGGUCCCGCUCCUCUCACAGCCGAUCACGGUCUCGGUCACGGUCUCGGUCCAAAUCGUACUCCCCAGGAAGGCGGCGCCGUUCCCGCUCUCGCAGCCCCACUCCUCCUUCUUCUGCUGGUUUGGGCUCCAGUUCUGGGCCUCCUAUACCAGAAUCGAGACUUGGAGAAGAAAAUAAAGGCCAUCAAAUGCUAGUGAAAAUGGGGUGGAGUGGAUCUGGUGGAUUAGGAGCCAAGGAACAAGGAAUUCAGGAUCCAAUUAAAGGAGGUGAUAUCCGAGACAAAUGGGAUCAGUACAAAGGAGUAGGAGUUGCGUUGGACGACCCUUAUGAAAACUACAGAAGAAACAAAAGUUACUCAUUUAUCGCACGCAUGAAGGCCAGGGAUGAAUGUUAAUUCUAUUUGAAGUGGAGGGGUGCUGCCUUGGGAUCAAGUCAGACUGAUGCUGAGCAGUGUAUCCUAAUGUCUAAAUGGGGAAUGAAGCAUCUAGUUCCAGUGCAGGUGACCUCUGAGCACUGUGCAAGCUUUUAGAACCUUCCACCCACCUUCAGGCCCCGCCCAGCAGCUGGUGCAGCCGCCUCUUCGGGCAGGACACAAGGGUCAGUUCUCUGGUAGCUUUUCCAGCACUCUGAGGGGAUGGGUGAUGCUUUGUAAUGGAACACAGUCUUCGAGCUUUUUUAUAUUUUUGUACAUACCCUUUAAUAAAAGCUAAUUAGUUCAAUAGAAGAUAAUCCAUUUUCUCUGCUCUACACGUUUCUAUCAAGGAGAUGUUCUUGUAACCUUGCUGUAAUCUAAAUGAAAAGAGAAACAAACUUUUUGUAACUGUUUCCAGAGACCACCAGCUAGAGCUGUUAGGCCCUUACACUGCAGUUCCACUCCCCAGGUCUGCAUGGUGGUUCCCUUUUCCAGUUGGUCGGUUGUAGACUAAAAACCCUCUUAAAACCAUUCAGUUAAUAUGGUGAAGUAUCAGUUUGCUCUAGAUCUACUGUAGUUGUGGAACUGUACCUGUCUGUGAAUCAGCAUACAACACCUGUAUGUUACCAACUUGUGAAUGUUGUUGUUUUGCCUUCCAAUAAACAGUUUUUUUUUAAAUAAAAAGGCAGCUGAGAUUUCAGAGUAAGUGGAUUCCUGUACCUUGACUAAAAGCCUUCCUUGUUUUGAAUUUAUCUUAAUAUUAACACACUCAAGCGUGUGUUUGGGUUUGUUGUAAUCUGACAAGGCUGAUUACAUAGAAACGCUGCUUGGAGAAUGGCACUAAGGUGAGGAUAUGGUAAUUUCCUGCUGUGGUCAUAUUUCUCAGGGGCUGUAGUACAGACUUUCACUUCUACCACAAUCAUAGAUGCGAUCACAGAUGUCACAAUUCACUGAAUAAAUACGUGCACUGUGAUGACUUAUCAUGGUCGCAUUAGACAGAAGUGUUACUUUGACGUCUCUUUUGCUGACAUAGUCUGGCUGGAGGUUCCUGCGUAUCCCUGUAUUGUGUACAUAAGUAAAACAUUCAGCUAUAGAAAAGUAAAUUAUAUGUAAUAAUUAGGAACUUGUACUAACUAAUUUAUACUAAUAUAGCAGUUUGUACUAAUCCUUCCAAUAUGGUUUAGAACCUUUUUUCUGUGCAGCUUGGAAAAGUUUCUUGUUUCAGCCUUUGAGCUGUAAAUAUAAAUGUCACUUAAAGCUCAGUAACUGUCCAAGCAGUUAUUUCUCCUGGGCUCUCCGAAUUUCUUCAAGCGCUUGCUCAAUUGUUAGAGGUGGGGAUUUGUGAUUCUUGAUGUACUGCGAAAAAAAAAAAAAGUUAAUAAACGAAUAAAUGUCUUUA